AGCAGCCUCCACCAGCCCCUGACACAACAAACACAACAAGGAUGCCUAGAACAUAUACAAGAAUGACUUGUCAAGUGUGCUUUAAGAAAGGGCAUAAUCGAAAAGGGUGCCCAAUUACUAAAGCAAAAAAUGCAGCAUCAAAACAACCAGGAGAAGGCAGUUUUAAAGGUUCCCAGCAAACUAGGAAGAGGGAUAAAAGGCAGCAGGCACCCAAAGUUUCAUCAAAGGGUAGCACAAGCUUGAAAGAUCAGAUCAUUAAGUCUAAGAAGGCUUGGAACAAGCGAAAGACCAUGGAGGCUAAACAAGGCAAUGCAGGGGCUUCCAGUUCACAAGCAAUAGCAACAUAUGUACCUCAAACUCAAAGUAGCCAAAACCCAGCAACAAAAAUGGCACAAACUGAAUCUGAAUGGGCGGGAUUCUAAGGCAUGUUAUUAACUUAUUAG